AUGGUGGCCUUACAGCACAACAACUCUGCUUUCGACGCCCUCUUUGGCAUCUUGGAAUUGGCCGAAGCCAUCCUCCUCGAAGUGCCACCCCAGCAGCUUCUUGUCAACGUUCAGCGCGUCUGCCGCAAGUGGAGGGACAUAGUCACCGCCUCAACUCCAAUCCAGCAGGCUCUGUUCUUCCGACCCAUAGGCAACCUAGGCCCCCUUCACUUCGUUGGAUCGCCUAGCGAGCACCGCGAUGGCAGCUGGGUCUCCUCGCAAGGUAGCCACUGCCCCUUCGCAAUUCAUGAACAUCUUCUUGUGGGCCCUUUGCUCCUACUUGAGAGGCAGCCGAGUCGAGCAAUAGCCAGACCAGAGGCAUCUUGGAGGCGGCAGCUUCUGACUCAGCCACCGGUGCGAGCUGUAACGGUCAACGUUGGUGCGAGCAAGAUCAAGGUGGAUGGUGGUCUAGAGGGCGUGACUAUGGGUAACAUCUGGGACGCCACGCACCUAUGUUCUCCUGGCUCCUUGUCCAUUAGCGAUUGGUCGUUGUGGAGCGGCUAUUCGAACGAGUGGCGCAACAAAUCGGCUUCGGACGCACUACGAGCGCUGAAGGCGGUCAAGAAGUGA